GGCAAACUGAAAAACAAGGUCUAUUGGUAUAAACCGCCUGCCACUGCCCCUCUCUCCUACCUACCCAGCGCUUCCCUUCACACCCAAAAGCAUCCCAAAAACAACCAGAAAGUUCUUGCAUCGCCGAGAACUCGACCGCAACACCCAAUACCCCCAUCCCAUAUCGAGUCGUCCAGCCUAAGCGCUUAAAACAGCCAACAUGCCCAAGAACAAGGGAAAGGGAGGCAAAAACAGACGUAGAGGAAAGAACGAGAACGACAAUGAGAAGCGCGAACUCACAUUCAAGGAGGACGGGCAAGAAUACGCCCAGGUCCUGAAGAUGUUGGGCAACGGCAGACUCGAGGCCAUGUGCUUCGACGGUGUCAAGCGUCUCGGUCUCAUCCGCGGCAAGCUCAGGAAAAAGAUCUGGAUCAACAACGGCGACAUCAUCCUCGUCUCGCUCCGCGAGUACCAGGAUGAGAAGGGUGACGUUAUCCUCAAGUACUCCGCUGACGAGGCUCGUUCUCUCAAGGCCUACGGCGAGCUCCCAGACACCGCCAAGAUCAACGAGACCGACACCUUCGGCCCCGGCGAGGAUGGCGACUGCGGCUUCGAGUUCGACGAGGACCGUGACAGCGACGACGAGGGCGGCGCUGCGGGCGCCAGCAAGGAUAUCGAGAUUGAUGACAUUUGAGAAACCUCAGCCGAGAAAUCUCGCCAGAUAUCAGCGCAAACGUCACGUAGCAUUUCACACUCUGCGGCGGGGCGCACCCUUUCCUACUUUUUGGUCUCAAAAGGGUCGGGGAAGCACAAAACUGUCUUCUCUCUCAAACCUUGGUUCGUUGGUAACGCAAGCCAAGGUCCCCGACAGUUGGUGUUAGUCCUGUUGCAAAGUGUGGAAAAGUUGUUGAUAGCGGAGGAGAGGGGUGGGAGGGGAGAUGGCUCCGUGAUGGGAGAGACGUCAUGGGCUGGAUCCUUCUCGAGUAAUGGAUUUGA